CACUUCCUGUUCACUGGUUGCAAAACAACAACAUGGCAACGGCCAUAAUCCAAAAUGGCGACGGGGAAAUCGCCAAACUUUAAAUACUUUAAAACAAUCCUUGGUAUUAAAAAUACCGGUUGCUGUUAAGCUAGCGGGCUAGCCGUAGCUUAGCUUAGGUUACACCAUAGAAUUAAAGUAGGAGUAGAAGGGACAUUCCAAUUGAAAUCAACACAGCAGGAUGGUCAGAGCGGCAGCCAUUUUUUUGUGUACUGUUACCAUUGCAGCUGUUCUAGCCGGCUAACUUUCCCAUAAACUAAACCGACUUAUGGCAAGUUGCGGACUCACUGAGCAUAAAGAGUAAACGAGUAGAAUAUAACAACUUAAUGCUUCACUGACAUCAACAGGAGAGUGAACACUUUGUUUGGCUAGAUGUUUGUAAACAGUGUAGAAUUCAGUGGAAUUAGCAAGCUAGCUAGCUAACUCUUGGACAGCUGGUUCGUUAGCUAGCUGGCUAAUUCCAGCAUGUGUUAAUGACCCAUCACUGAUCUGAGGUUCACAUGAGAAGAACCGUGAGGGGAGAUCCGUUACAUUACUAGUAAAUAUGACCGUUGUGAAAUGGGAGACAUUCGUUCCUGCUGCUGUGAUGCUUCAACGUAUUUAAUAAUAAAUAUAUACAGAGCCACCAGAUACAUGCUGAUCAUGAAGAUUGGACAAAAAAUUGGUCUAAAUAUUACUCAGUUGACAAAUGGAUUAAAAAGCGUCCGCCUCCUUUUAUUACAGGCUGUAUAUUUAUGGUUAAAUUCAUUAUUAUUACUGAACUCUUCUUUCAGAGGACUGUCUAUCGGGUCUGCAGGAGUGUUCCUGAAUCCAGCCGAAUGAAUAGAGCGACUGCAAAGCAUCUCAUCGAGCGCUACUUCCGGCAGUUAACUGACGGCUGUGGAAAUGGCGACUGCACGAAUGAGUUUUGUGCGUCGUGUCGUGACUUUCGACCUCUGGAUAAAAAUUCAGCGGCGGCCAAAGCGCUCGAGCUGUUUAAGAUCAACGCCAAACUCUGUAAUCCUCACCCCUCCGAGAAAGACACUCCGGACGGUGAGAUGAGCGAGACGGACCUCUGUCCCACCAAGGAGGACUUCUCAGAUGUUCAUUACCUCACGGAGAACACGGUCUGUAUGAUCCUGAGUUUCUGUGAGGAGAGGGGCGACUACUCCGCACUCAUCCGCAUCAUCGGCAGGAUUUUCUCCAAUUCGGACGCCUUGACGAAGAGUUUCAGGAAGGACGAACCCGUCGAUGCUGAAAACCCGGACUCAUGUGAACCGACAGAUGUGGACGAGCAGGAGAAGCAAAGCUCAGAAACGACGGGCGCUUCCCUACCGGACGAGGGUCUCGAUGAGAUGCUGGACCCUUGCGAGGUGACGGUGGACAUCGACGCCGUGAGGAGGGUCUACGACCGACUUCUGAGCCUCGACCAGGUGGAGGCCGCUUUGGUGAACGCACUCGUUUACCUUACUCCCAACAUGGAGCUCGACCUGGAAUACCUCGACGUGUACGAGACGAACCCAGACUACCUCAACAUCUUCAUCAUCGUGUUGGAGAACAGUAACCUCCACAGCCCCGAGUACCUGGAAACGGCUCUGCCACAGUUCUGCAAGGCCAUGAGCAAGCUGCCAGUGGCAGCGCUCGCCAGGCUGUCGAAGCUGUGGUCCCGGUACGGACUCGCGCACAUCCGCCGCAUGACUGAGACCUUCCAGCAGCUCAUCACGUUCACGGUCGUCAGCAACGAGUAUGACGGCGAGACUUUGGUGAACGACGACACUACCGUGGUGGCCACUACGCAGUGUUUGAAGGUCGCCUUCUACGCGAGUAUCCUGGGUGGCGACGUGGACGUGGAGCACAACGAAGAGGAGGAGGAAGACUCCGAGUCCGACGAGCUCACCCUGCACGAGCUGCUGGGCGAGGAGCGGCUCUACAACAAAGGUCCUCCGGUCGAUCCGCUGGAGAAGGAACUGGGAGUCCGACCCGUGGACAGUAUCAGACCCCUCCUCCCCUACGAGGACUUUGUGAACGAGUCGCUGAACGACGUGGUGGAGAUGGACAAGGACUUCACCUUCUUCAAGGUCAACGCAGAAACCAAGUUCUCCUUCCAGAGCUGCCCCUUCAUCCUCAGCAUCAUCACCAAGAACCAAGGGCUGUACUACGACAACCGGAUCAGGAUGUACAGCGAGCGGCGCCUCACGGCCCUCUACAGCAUGGUCCAGGGCCAGCAGCCCAACCCCUAUCUCAAGCUCAAGGUCCGCCGGGAUCACAUCAUCGACGACGCCCUCGUCAGACUGGAGAUGAUCUCCAUGGAGAACCCAUCCGACCUGAAGAAGCAGCUGUUUGUGGAGUUCGAGGGGGAACAAGGUGUAGACGAGGGCGGGGUCUCAAAGGAGUUCUUCCAGUUGGUCCUGGAGGAAAUCUUCAAUCCCGACAUAGGAAUGUUCAGCUACGACGACGACACCAAACUGUUCUGGUUUAACUCGUCCUCUCUGGAGAACGAGGCCCAGUACACUCUAGUUGGACUCGUUCUGGGGCUCGCCAUCUACAAUAACUGCAUCCUGGACGUUCAUUUCCCCAUGGUGGUCUACAGGAAACUCAUGGGCAAGAAGGGGACCUACUUGGACCUGUCAGACUCCCAUCCAGUACAGUAACUUUCUCCAAAGUUAACAUAUGCAGUGAAAGUUCUGUAUACUGUUCUGUAUUUCUGACUUAUUAUUAUUAUUAUUAUUCUGUUUUUUUACUACAGGGUUUACUUAGUUACAUGUAACAAACCAAACUGUAGCACUUAAAGAAACCUUUUGGGAAACAUUCCUAUUCGCUUUCUUGUUGAGAGUUAGAUGAGAAGAUCUACAUCCCUCUCAUGUAUCUUAACGUGUUGGGGGUCGCGGUACAUUUACACCAAAUCAGUCAAUACGGCGACAAACACCAGUCCUCCCCUUCAUUUAAAUGUGGGUGAUGUGUUUGACUUGUGGCGGUGGGGACCCACAGACUGUGUAUGAGAAGUGGACGUCGUCAUGAUGACGUCACUCAUCGGUUUGUGGAUGUUUUUGAAGCCUUGAAUUCAGCGAUUUUGUCGUCGCCAUCUUGUUUU